UGAACCGAAAGAGCUGGCCGAUGAAGCAUACAGGAGGAGGCUGCUAAACCCCAGACAGAAGAAUCCCAGCAGGCAGUUUGCAGACAACCCCUGAAGCUCAUGAUGCAUGGAAGCCAAGCCAAGAAAUCCCCUCGUAAUCUGCAGAGUGAGGAACAUCUGUUCUUCCCUUCAGAAGAAAUGGCUGUAGAAGACAAGCCAAAGGAAUCAGCUGUCCACAGAACAGUAGUGGACAAAGAUAUGGUGGAUUGGUUUGCACAGUUAUUUGAUUCAGCAUCGAUGGUACCCCAUUUUACUCCUGCAUCAGCAAUACCAGAAGAAGUUCCUGAAAGUAUUCAACUACGUAGUUAUAGCCUCCGAGAUGUUGACCAAAAGGGCCUUUAUCUACAGGACAGGAACCUCAUAGCAGCCCCCCUGCAAGGCGACAACUCUGCUCAAGAAGAGAUCCUCAGCGUUCUUCCCAAUAGGUAUAUGGAUCGUGCAAGGAUCCCUCUGAUCCUGGGGGUCAAAGGGGGCAGCCAGGGCAUCUCAUGUGGUAAAGAUAAUGACCCCAAAUUGCAACUGGAGGAUACAAAUCUCAUUCAUCUUUUUUACAAUGAGGAGGAGGCCAAACGGUUCACCUUCUUCAAGCAUUAUAAUGGCACCCAUACGUUUGAAUCAGCCAAUUACCCUGGGUGGUACCUCUGCUCACCACUGGAGGCCCAUAAUCCCCUCACGCUCACCAACCACCCUGGUGAAGUUAACCUCACUGACUUCCAUUUCCAACGUAAAUAGCCCAGGAAACUGGUACUGGCUGAGGGAUAUGUAAGAAGCACCAAAGGAGUCAAGAAUUCCAUCCCACAAAUCUGGAAAGUGUCAAGAUGAGGAAUUCCAUUCCAAAUUACCUGAUUACUGUCCUAGAGCUGCCUCUUGUAGAUUGUCCUUCGCUGGAUUUUUAACAUAGAGAAAGGAAGAGGAGGAAAGCAUGUCUUGUGAGCAAUAAAUGCUGACCCAGAUGCAAGAGACACUGCUGUGUUCAUAGGUGUAGGGAGGAAUGAACUGGGAGGUUCAAUUGUUCAGUGUCAGGAUUUUUAAAAAAUUAUUAUUCUGUUAUAAUUUAAACACUAUUUAUAUUAUUAUUUUUCAUUGUGACAUUUGGGGAUAUUUUAUUUUUUGUUUUAACUGUUACUCACCUUGACAGGGCUUGGGUUAGGAGCAGCAGCUAUGUACAUGAAUUGCAAAUCAAUAUGCUGACCCCAACACUCCAGUGAGCCAGCACUUUUGUUGGAAUUUGCAAGGGUCUGCCACCCAAUCCAGCUACCAAAGGGUUAACUGUUUGUAUGUAAAGCAGUUGUUUCGGUCACGAUUUUAUGACCUGGUCUGUUGGUCAGUUAUUGGUCAGCAGAUCACGUAGAUCAAAGGUUAUAAAGUUAGCCUGUCUUCUUUGUUCAGACUGAAUCUGUGUGUGUGUGUGAGAUGCACACCACUUGCUACCAGAUCAGAACAAGCCACGAGGCUUGCUAGUUAGAGACAAAAUGUAGCCUUAACUGUGUAUCUUGUUAGCAUAGCCUUUCUUGUUUUUCACCCAUGUAACCUUCCCUUGUUUUA